UGCCUUCUUUCUAGCUCCUGUAGAUUUCCCAAGUCUAUUUUUUAGAGAUAGGGGCAAUCCCAAGUCGAAAACGAAAGAAAGGAAAAAUCUUGUGAAGAUAAUGCAAGGGUCUCUGGCAGAGGCAGAAGCAGAGGAUGCAGAAGUAAAACUCCAGCUCCUCUUCAAUGGCGAUUUCUAAAGUCACUCAUUUUCUUCUCACCAUCUUCGUCUUUUGCCAUGUGCUUCUUUCCACUGUGAAAUCAUCUACUUUAGUUCAGGAAAUCAAGCAACAGAGUCAAGAAGAUAAAGAGCCGUUUGUGGGGGUUAACAUUGGGACGGAUGUCUCGAAACUGUUGUCCCCGAAUGAUUUGGUCUCCUUCUUGCAAGUGGAGAAGAUUACCCACAUUCGACUCUAUGAAGCGAACACAGACAUACUCAAAGCAUUGGCGAAAACCAAGAUCCGGGUCAUCAUCGGUAUACCCAAUAACCAGAUUCUUGCAAUCGGGUCAUCAAACGCCACCGCAGCUUCCUGGAUUGGCCGGAACGUUGUCGCUUACUACCCGGAAACCCUCAUCACCGCUGUUGCUGUUGGAGACGAGGUGCUAACCACCGUACCCUCCUCAGCUCCUCUGCUGCUUCCUGCAAUUGAGUCUGUCUACAGUGCUUUGGUAGCUGCAAAUUUGCAUACCCAAAUCAAGAUUUCAACCCCACAUGCUGCUUCUAUAGUUCUAGAUGCGUUUCCUCCUUCUCAAGCUUUUUUCAAUCAGAGUUUGUCUUCAGUUAUGGUACCUUUGCUUCGGUUUUUAUCCAAAACUGGGUCUCCUUUGAUGAUGAAUCUUUAUCCUUAUUAUGUGUUUAUGGAAAAUAAGGGUGUGGUUCCUCUUGAUAAUUCAUUGUUCAAGCCAUUGACGCCAUCUAAAGAAAUGGUUGAUCCUAAUACAUUGUUGCAUUACACUAAUGUGCUUGAUGCCAUGAUUGAUGCUGCUUAUGUUUCUAUGAAGAAUUUGAAUGUGACUGAUGUUGCAGUGCUUGUUACUGAGACUGGAUGGCCUUCAAGGGGCGAUUCUAAAGAGCCUUAUGCUACCAUAGACAAUGCUGAUGCGUAUAAUUCAAAUCUCAUUAGGCAUGUUUUUGACCACAGUGGAACUCCUUUGCACCCGGAACUCACUUCUAGUGUAUACAUAUAUGAGUUGUUCAACGAAGACUUGAGGUCAUCCCCUGUAUCAGAGGCUAAUUGGGGGAUGUUUUAUGGGAAUUCAACACCAGUGUACUUGCUUCAUGUAUCGGGCAGUGGGACUUUUUUGGCAAAUGACACCACAAACCAAACGUAUUGUAUUGCAGUGGAUGGGGUUGAUUCAAAGACAUUGCAGGCAGCCUUGGAUUGGGCUUGUGGUCCGGGGAGGGCAAAUUGCAGUGAGAUUCAAGCUGGAGAGGAUUGUUACCAGCCUAGUAAUGUGAAGAACCACGCAUCUUAUGCAUUUGAUAGCUAUUACCAAAAGGAAGGGAAGGCCCCCGGGUCUUGUGACUUUAAGGGAGUGGCCAUGAUUACCACCACUGACCCAAGUAAGCAUAUCUACUACACUCCACUCCUUAUUACUUGAAUAACUCUAAUUCCUGUUUUACUUUGUCUAUUAUGCAUAUCUAGAUUUGAAUACAGUCACAUAGUUUGGCUAGCAAUACCGAACAGAUUAGUAUUCAACUGCUAAAUUGUGACAGGACUAUUGAUUUGAUUGCUUGGAACAUAGAUGAGGUGACAGGAAACUCAUCAAGUUGGUUUGCUUUAAAAGGGAUUUAAGAAUUGAUAAAAGGAAACAAAUUAAGAUUUUUCUUGCAUGCAAUCAAGAAUGUUGCUCUAAUACAACAUCCAAAAUGGUCCUGGCGUCCUGCCUCCUUUCUUACCCCUCAUUCAAUCAACCAUUUACAAGUAAUCCUAAUGAAGGGGGAAUUUGUUAGAGGACAUAGACAUUAUGCUUAAAGAUUGACAUAGAAUUCAUUAAUCUGACAUUUUGUUUUAAUUGUGGACACACUCGCAGGUCGUGGGAACUGUAUUUUUCCAGGGAGUCAGGAGGUGAGCAACAGGACAAAGGAUGUCGUAAACUCGACCGAAGUAAGUGGUGGAGCUAAGAAGCUGGGAUUGAUCGGAAUAAGUGGAAACACUGUAGCAAUUUGUAUUUUGUUACUCAUUCCUUUUGUGACUCCUUGGUGAAGAAGAUAAUACAAGUUUUUUUUUUUUUUAAAUGUUAGUCUUCGUGAAUGUUGUUGAAAAGGGAGGUGAACAAAGCAUUAGUUCCACUAGGAAAGCAUUGAAAGGGUUAAGUUUGAUACUGGACCCAAGAAUGCAGUUACUUUGUCUAAGAAUUCUUAAGAUUGUCAAAAGUCACGAGCACCGACUAGGUUGUGUCGUGGGGUCUUUGUGUUCGAGAAUCGUGACCGUAAUGGUGGCCCAGCAACACGGAGCUGGAUCUGAAUGUUAGGUGAAAGAAUGACUGUUUUUAUAAAAAAAAUAGUUGUGCAGUAUAUAUAUAUAUUUUUACAAAAGGUCAUGUGCCCAUACAACUCUGCUUUUCACUUGCGUACAAAAAACAGAGCUCCACCCUGCUCUGUUCCAACAAACAACAACACAAUGUACCCUUAAAGCUUCUUCCUUUACAUAUCUUUUCGUCCUCAGAAUUUAUCUCAAUAACCAGAUAUUUGUUCUAAAAGGGUUUUCAUUGUAAAGAGGAAGAAAAAAUGGGGGAUACCCAUCUUCUUGUUCGUCUCAUUGUUGUGAUUCUGGUGCUUGUUUAUGGUGUCAAUGGCGAUAACCCAUAUAGAUUCUUCACUUGGAAAGUCACAUAUGGCGACAUUUACCCUCUUGGGGUUAAGCAACAGGGAAUCUUGAUUAAUGGGCAGUUUCCAGGUCCCCAUAUCGAUGCAAUUACAAAUGAUAACUUGAUAAUUAAUGUUUAUAACUACUUGAGGGAACCCUUCCUUAUCUCUUGGAAUGGGAUACAGCAGAGAAAGAAUUCAUGGCAAGAUGGAGUAUUUGGCACUACCUGUCCAAUCCGGCCGGGGAAGAACUUCACUUAUGUUCUCCAAGUGAAGGAUCAAAUUGGUAGCUAUUUCUAC